AGUGGUAAAUAGUCAGUCAUGAAGUUCGUUUGUACUUUCGUGAUUUUUGUUAGCAUUUUUUGCUUAAAUGUUUCAGCCGAAGAGCAGAAUAUAGGGCAGGCCAUUCAAAUCAUGGCUCCUGUUAACCACACCUUCCAGUUGCAAGUCAAUGAGCUCAAGCAAAUUCUAGAGGUUGCCAACAUCAAAGAUCGAUACGUCGUGGUUGUUUCGAUUGCCGGUGCCUUUCGACAAGGCAAGAGUUUUUUAAUGAAUUUUUUCAUUAAAUAUCUCGAUGCGCAGUACAAAAAACACAAUGCGUCUGAUUGGCUCGGCGAAACAACAAAUAACAGCCGACUGAAUGGAUUCAAAUGGAGAGGCGGUCGAAAGCCUGAAACAAUCGGAAUUUGGAUGUGGUCGGAUAUUUUUACCCACGACUUCCCGAAUGGUGAUAAAAUUGCAAUCAUUUUACUCGACACUCAAGGCAUUUUUGAUUACCGCAGCAGUGUACAUGAUUGUACCGCGAUAUUCGCACUCAGCAUGAUGUUGUCAUCCGUUCAGUGUUACAAUUUGAUGCAUAAUAUUCGCGAAGAUGACCUACAACACUUGCAGCUAUUUACUGAAUAUGAAAGGCUCGCUAUCGAACAGAUGAAUGAAAAACCGUUCCAGAAACUGCUCUUCAUCGUACGAGACUGGUCAUACGAAUCUGAAAUACCGUAUGGCAAUGGGCAUAGACUAAUUGAUGAAGUUCUUGCUGAAAACAGUGAUCAGACGAUAGAAAUGCAAGAGUUACGACAAAAAAUCGCAAUGAGUUUUCACGAAAUCGGUGGAUUUUUACUGCCCACUCCAGGGAAUAUAGUGGUAUAUUCGGAUUCGGUAAACUUUACGGGUGAUGUGCAACAAGUCUCACCACAAUUUAAAAAAUUCGUGAAAGAAUUGACGCUAGCACUUUUCGCACCAGAAAAUCUUAUCAUCAAACAAAUUAAUGGCGAAAAAAUUCGGGCACGAGAUGUGUCGCAAUAUCUGCAGGCUUACACAAAUAUCUUCAACGGAAAUGCAUUGCCCAAACCAAAAUCCAUUUUGAUGGCAACCGCUGAGACUAGCAAUAGUAUUUUUUGUGAUGAUUGUUUGCGUCACUAUAGCGAUAAAAUGGAGCAAACACUUGAAGCAGUCGAUUCAUAUAUGACAGAAAAUGAACUCAUUGAGCUUCAUGAGAAAACAAAGAACGAAACAUUGGCUCAAUUUUUAGAAAAACCAACGCUUGGUGGCAACAAAUUCCGAAACACUUUCCAAGAUAAAAUCAAAAACGGCACCGAGCAACGAUUUCUUUUAAUCAAAGGCCAUAAUGAGAGAAAACUCAAGGAUUUCAUUGAAAGAGCAAAUUUACAUAAUGAUAGAAUAGGUUCUGAAUUGCUUGCAUCGGUUCAAAAAAGGAUUCUGGAUGAGAUCGAGAGUUCCAGUCCUGAGCUUAGUUAUUCAAAAUUGUAUGAUGUGUUACAGUCAGCAGUGCAAGAUGCUUUAUCGGAUGUAUGUUGCACGUUUUAUUUCUAA